UUGACGUCACCGGUAGAAGGAUGGGAGCCCGUCUGUGCACUUUGCUAUAGUGUAGACGGGAGAGAUGGCGGCUAAUUGCCUAUGAAUAAGCAAAAAAGGAUGCUAGACUGAUAAAAGGGGAAGGACGCUACGAGGGGCUUAACAGCGCUCCUUUUUUAAUAUAAAACCUAGUUUGGGAGUUAUUUCCAUCUUUUUUUUCUAUCUGGUCGCGGGGUGGAUUUUAUAAGGGGGUGGGCGCAGCGUUCUUUACAUCUGUAUCCCCCGUCUACAACCUCUCCAUCCGUCUGUGUGCGAGGAGGCUAUGGCUGCGGAGGGUUUAGUGGAAAGUGCGGAUCACUACAAAGCGGAGAUCGAGCGCCUGACCCGGGAGCUCUCGGAAACCACCCAGGAGAAGAUCAGGGCUGCUGAAUGCGGGCUGGUGGUGCUAGACGAGAACCAGACCCUGAAGCAGCAAUACACGGACUUGGAAGCUGAAUAUGAAACACUCAAACAGGAGCUGGAACAGCUCAAAGAGGUAACUGCCGUACAGGCCUUUGGCCAGGCCUACUCAGCCCAGAGGAAAGUGGCAGAAGAUGGGGAGACCCACGAGGAGACACUGCUGCAGGAGUCGGCCUCCAAAGAGGCCUACUACAUGGGUAAGAUCCUGGAGCUGCAGACAGAGCUGAAGCAGAACAAGUCCGUGGUCUCCAACGUCCAGGCAGAGAACGAGAGGCUCAACGCUGUGGUGCAAGACCUCAGAGAGAAUAAUGAGAUGCUGGAACUGCAGCGGACACGGAUGAAAGAGGAAAUCCGGGAGUACAAGUUCCGGGAAGCACGCCUCCUGCAGGACUACACAGAGCUGGAGGAGGAGAACAUCAUGCUCCAGAAACUGGUCUCUACCCUCAAACAGAACCAGGACUGUUUUUCUAUCUCUUUCUCUCUUUGCCCUCAGGUGGAGUACGAAGGCCUCAAGCAUGAGAUCAAGUGCCUGGAGGAGGAGACGGUCCUGCUGAACAGCCAGCUGGAAGAUGCCAUCCGCCUGAAGGAGAUCGCGGAGAGCCAGCUGGAAGAGGCCCUGGACACGCUGAAGAACGAGCGCGAGCAGAAGAACAGCCUGCGCAAGGAGCUCUCCCAGUACAUCAGCAUGAGCGACAGCAUGUACAACAGCCACCUCAGCAUCUCCGUGGACGGGCUCAAGUUCAACGAGGAGGCGAACGGGGCGCCCAACAACGACGAGAAGUGCAACGGCCACGUCCACGGCUCCCUGAUGAAGCUCAACGGGGACUACCGCCCGGCCACCGCCAGGAAGGGGGAGGCCCUGAACCCAGUGUCGGACCUCUUCAGCGAGCUCAACCUCUCCGAGAUGCAGAAGCUGAAGCAGCAGCUCUUGCAGGUGGAACGAGAGAAAGCUAUUCUCCUGUCCAGCCUUCAGGACUCCCAGACGCAGCUGGAGCACACCAAGGGAGCACUAACAGAGCAGCACGAGCGAGUACACCGGCUCACGGAACACGUCAAUGCCAUGAAGGGCCUGCAGAACAAUAAAGAGCUGGGCAUGGAGGUAGAGACAGAGAAGUCAGCCCAGAACUCAGCCCAGGACAGCCACGACUACGAGGUAGACAUCAACGGGCUUGAGAUCCUGGAGUGCAAGUACAAGGUGGCUGUCACAGAGGUGAUCGACCUCAAGGCUGAGCUGAAGGCCCUGAAGGAGAAGUACAACCAGUGCUUGGAGGGCUACACCGAGGAGAAGUCCAAGUGCGAGAGCAAAGUGCAGGUGCUGGAUGAGCAGGUGACCCGGCUGGAGAAAUCCAACAAGGAGAGCAGAGAACGGAUCACCUGUCUGGAGAGCGAGCUGCAGACGGUGACAGUGAUGGCCAAUGAGAACCACAACACUCUCAAUGCUGCCCAGGACGAGCUGGUGACCUUCAGUGAGGAGCUGGCCCAGCUCUACCACCACGUCUGCCUCUGCAACAACGAGACACCCAACAGGGUGAUGCUGGACUACUACCGGCAAAGUAGGGUGACGCGCAGUGGCAGCCUAAAGGGGCCGGACGACCCCAGGGGGCUUCUGUCUCCUCGGCUCGCCCGCCGAGCAGUAGUAGCAUCUGCAGAAGCCAGAAGCCCCAUAGAUCCAGCUCCCAGAGACCCUGCCGAGGCUAGCAAGGAGCAAAAUAAAAGCCCUAACCGAACCCCAGUAGUGUCACCCAUGAUAAAUGCCCCGCCCUCCUCUCCAGUUACAGAGUCCAAUGACCUCCGCAAGGAGCCCAUGAACAUUUACAACCUCAACGCUAUUAUCAGGGACCAGAUCAAGCACCUACAGAAAGCUGUUGACCGCUCCCUACAGCUGUCCCGACAGCGGGCUGCUGCCAGAGAGCUGGCCCCCAUUAUUGACAAGGACAAAGAGGGGCUGAUGGAGGAGAUUCUCAAACUGAAGUCCCUGCUCAGCACCAAGCGGGAGCAGAUAGCCACUCUGCGACUGGUCCUAAAAGCCAACAAACAAACAGCUGAGGUUGCUUUGGCAAAUCUGAAAAGCAAAUAUGAGAAUGAGAAGUCCAUGGUGACAGAGACCAUGAUGAAACUGCGGAAUGAACUGAAGGCACUGAAGGAGGACGCUGCCACCUUCUCUUCCCUGAGGGCCAUGUUUGCUACCAGGUGCGACGAGUAUGUGACGCAGCUGGACGAGAUGCAGCGGCAGCUGGCGGCGGCAGAGGACGAAAAGAAGACGCUGAACUCGUUGCUUCGCAUGGCCAUCCAGCAGAAACUGGCCCUCACUCAGAGGCUGGAAGACCUGGAGUUCGAUCACGAGCAGUCCCAUCGCACCCGGGGCAAGGUGGCCAAAAUCAAGAGCGGCACUCCCAAAUUUCUUGUAGAUUGUCAGCAGCCUGCUGCCUCAGUACCGCCACUCUCCCCACAACUAAGGCGAGGGAAAGCUUCUCGAACCGAAAGUCGUAGUGUACCAGUAGCUCCCCAAGAGGAACAGGCACAUUCCAGCGCUCCUUGUGUUCCACUCAACUGUCUAUCUAAGCCACCUCCUUGCCCUUAGCCCUGCGCACAGGCCCAUCCUAGAACUCAGCCCGGACCCUACCAGGAGUGGCUGCCCAGCCUGCCAGACUCUCCUGCUCUGUUGCUCACUGACUCUCCAGGCCUCAAUCCCCGACCUACAGACUGAGGCGACAGGAGGAGGCAGGGGUCACAAGAUGUGUGGGAGCACGAGGCACUUUCUGAAAGUGGAAGGCCGGAUUUUAAGAACAACGACACGUAGAGAAAAUAUUUAUUAUAAUCACUUUUUUUGGAAAGCAUCAAACCUGAAUAUAAAUCCAACUUGAAUUGGUCUUUCCCUCCUCUCAUCCUUGCAUGGCCAGUCCAGAAAAAAAAAAUUGUACAAUGAACCUUUUGUUGGAAAUAUUUCCCACACACUUUGUCCAAGUGUCUUCAGCAGAGAUGCAAACAUUCUGAAAAUCAAGAAAAUAAUUAUUCAUUGCGGCACUGAAAAUAGCAGAAAUACUGUACUCAAGAGUGUCAAUCUUUCAGCUGCUGGCAGUCUUUCAGAGAUGACGUUUCUUCAGGUCCCAGAUGGAAACAUUGACACUUCCUAGUGUGGUGUAUCUGCUGUUUAGGAACUGUAAAAUGAGGACAGUUGUUUCUUGCUUGAUUUAAAUACUGAAAAUGCCUAAAAUGACAGCUAAUCCAUUCAAGGAAUGAGAGAGAUGCACAAGGAAAUGUGUUUCUAUUGGCUUUUAAAGUCCCAAAUUGGACAGUUUCUCUCAGUGUUAAGAAUAUUGAACUCUUCUGGUUGCAUUUCUGAAACAACAAUGAGAAAACAUACUGUAGUACCUUCUACAUGCAUAAAAAGUAAUCUUUUUUACUUUUGAGUAUUUUGAAAGAAAGAUUAGGUCUGUGUGAGAAAGAUAGGAGGAAUUAAAAAAGUGGAUUUUACCUUACAGUACCUUAUCUUUUAAAAUGGUUGGUUGAGAUUAAAACUUGUCAAAUAUCUAAGCUAAUGUCAGAUCUGAAACUAAUGUCAGAUCUGAAGUAGGCCACAUUAGUUCUGACAAGGGUGUUUUGUAUAUGUUCAUAAAUAUUUAUUUUUUAUUAAAUAUUAUUUUGUAUUUAUUUGAUCAUUCAGUCUGUAUUGGUCAUCAGUCAUUUUGGUUUUUUAUUUUCCUGUUUAUUUUAGAAAACUGCGGAGAUACAACAUUUAUACGAUAGUUACAAUAAAAACAGUAGGUCAGUAUUUGGUCAUACUGUAUGCAUUGCACAAAAGGUUGGGUAUGUAGUGAAGAGUGUUGACUAUUCACUCAAAUCUACUUGCAAAACUUACAACUUACAAAAAUGUUUUAUGAUGUUUCAUUUUGAGCAGUAUUGUGAAUUAGUAAUUAGUGUGUUCUGUUUGGACUAGAAUACUUUUUUUUCUGUACAAAGGAAGAUGCUGUAUGCUAUGAAUUAUUUUGAAUUUCAAAAUGCAGUACAUUUAGGGCAGCCCUCCUAAGACCUUUCUGUCAAUUUUAUUUUCAGAAAUGUUCAUCUUGCUGGUUCAAAAUACCAUUACCAAUCAGGAGCAGGUUUAAGCCUUUGGUUUAAUGUAUGUAGUAGCAUUGCACAGAUGGAAGUAUUUCCAUACCCAGAAUGAGGACUUAUUGAUGACUUGAACUGAUGUCUUCUUGUUUAAGUGUUAGGUCACCAAAAUGCUUUGGUUAUUAAAACUGAUGAUGAAAAAAACAUUCUGAAAAAUAACUGAAGUGGAGUUAGACUUGUUCUAACCCAUAAUGACCAGAUAAGUCUUUCUUUUCUGAAGAAAGCCAGGUGCCUUUACCCUUUCUCAAUACAAAGAGUAUAUUAACUACAUCACAGCUGGGAUUUAAUGAAAUGCCCAUGUUAACAUUUAGACAUUCUCCAAAAACAGCUUGCAUUUCAGAAUCAGCUUUACAAAACCUCUUCACUUCCAAGCACCUUUCUUAAGAAGCACAAAUUGUCAUAUCCAACUAUGCAUUAACAUAGCCACGUAAAGUCUCAUUCAUUGGCCUGCAAUCCAAAUGUGCCUGUAUACAUAUUUAACUUACAUAGUAUGCUGGAGAAGAUAUCUAUAGAAGAACCCCCAAGCUGAAAAGAUGAAAAAGGCCUUUUGACCAGUCAAACUUAUUCUGGUAAAAAGAUUGAUCUGUUGGAAAUCAGUUGAAAAAAACAUAAAAUGAAACCUCCCCUGAAUUGCUGAAUAAUAAAUUAAAUUUCACAACUUGUUGUGUUUACUCGGGCCUUCCACUUCACAUUGAAAGGAUUCCAAUCUGCUGUAACAGUUUGGCUCAGAACGCUAUUAAAAUGUUUGCCAUGGUGCGGAAUUCAAUGCAAAGAAAAAAGGAAAUUAAUUCUGAACUGGAUUUUGAUCAUCAACCAUUAGGGGCUGUCAGUAAUAUACUACUCAGAAAGGAAUGUCAUCACCACGAUCGCAAUUAGGAGCAACUUCAUCGUUUAUUAAUGUUACUUCAUCACAGAAUUUCAAUAUUCAGAAGAAAAGGGAUUUUUCUUUUCAUACUGGAGAACUAAAUAGUGUUGAGGGUUUAAGAUUUACUCAGUCACACCUAGAUAGGACUGUAACAUAGCUCCAGCCAUCCAUCCAGAUUCAUUAUGCUGCUUCUCGUGGUAAGGAUUACUGUAUUAUCAAUCUCAGUAAAGUGGACUAGACCUUCCUUUUCUCAGAAUUGUAUUCCAGUGCUUCCUGAUUUCCAGGCAUUCUUGAGCAUGCUGGGAGACUUAAUCUCGCCGUCACGCCCUGGCCUGGCCGCAAAUUCUCCACCUAGGAAGCUGUACCCAAAAACACUCCAAAAAAGGGAGACUUUCUUUAAAGUGUGCUUGUCAGUUCCCUGAACCACCUAAAUUACCUCCUCUCAAUCCUGGGGAGUAAAAGCUCAAUUCUGAGGCUUACUGUUAUCAUUUUACGAUUGACCACCCUAAUCGUACAGUCCAGAACUUCCAGUAUUUCAGGACAGAUCUCUUCCAUUCAUGCUGCAAUACCACAACAUAGGCACUUGACCGCUGAAUUUGGCAACACUGAUAGAUCCUAGCACAUGCGAGGCUUCCAGCACUGCCUCCUAGAAGGAACACAUGUCCUACUGGCGUCCACCAGCAAAUCCUUGGGUUACUGCCAUGACAGUCACCAACUGCCUUUAAACCACAGCCUCAGUGAUUUAAGUCUUGCAAAGGAACAUUCAGACUCGGUGUCCUCAGCUUCACACAGGAUACAAGAAAACUUAUCCCAGAGGUUUAAGCUGUAAUGAUGCCUCCAAGAAUUAUCCACAGGGUAUUCCCUGGUGAUUCUCACUGCAAAUUUUGCAGAUUCGCAACCCAGUGGUAAACAUACCACUGUAGGUCCACCGAUAAGACUAUAACAUUGAUCAUCAACCUUCAGCCCAUGGUACUUUGGUACCAAGUAGACUUACGUUUUUUUACGAAUAACAUGAUUAGCACAGAACUCCAAUAACCAAUUGGGGUCAAAUCGGGAAGACAGUGGUUACCAAUAAACCCCUUGGGUACCUUCACCUUUUAUGAGCAUUGAAGUCACCUUGUACUGCUGCGGGUGUAGAAGUUUGCACCCCAUUAAGUAUUGAACACACUAUCUUCAAGAAGGCUGAAAAUUCCUAGCUACUGUUUGGUGAAUAAUCUCAUGCUCAACAGUUUUUUUUUUAACUCUGAAAUGUGAAGCGUCAUUAACGAAAAAUCUCUUGUCCACUGAGAAAAUUUCCAACCAUGUGGCCUUCACUUGAGGGAACACCUGCCUAAACCACUCACACAGGGCCAUUCUUUCUUGAGACACUUCAUUCUAAAGCCAAUGUUGUGUAUUGUGUUGAGACUGCCUUCUCCAUCAGCAUUCAUUCUUUCCGCAAAAGUGAAGCACCAUUCCAUGUCCUAACAUUCUUUCUCCAUUGCCAAGGUACAGUCCAUCUCGUAUCUCUUCCCUCCUACUGCCAUACAGGCAUUACACACAACCAUCACCCUUCGUCUUGCAGGUGUUGAACCCAAAAGGCAGAAUCACCGCACUAUUUUAGGCUAAACAACUAGAUUGUGAUUAUGGUAGAGUCUGACAAAUAGCAGAAAGCAGAGGAUUAUUUAUAGCAUGAAAGCACAGUUCAUAUACAAUUGUUAUAGUUGUUGAAGCGGAUAACUGGCUUCUUUCAAGCAAAGACUUUUCUUGAAACUUCUUUUUUUUUUUUAAAACAAGGUCCAUGGAUAAACUAGCUAUGAGGAACCAAACAGUCUAGAUAGGCUCAAUAGCCUCCCCUCAUUUUUUUCUAUUUCUCAAGCAGGCUAUACUCAGUGCCACCGGGCUGAUUCAUUGGCCAAGUGGUUCUAAUAUUUAGGCAAGUCAGUGAAGGCUCUGAUCUGCAUGCCUUGGUUUUCUAAAUCAAAUCAACCUGUAUGGACAAUGUUCGACUGCUUCCUCAUUAAAGCAACAUACAAAUAAAUGAAUAUAUGUGUAAUCAUCUGUGAAUUUAUGUUCCACAAAGUUAUUUCAGAUAUAAUUUUCACAACAAUCUUCAUAUGUUUUCAGUUUUUACGAAAGCAGCAGAUAAAAACAAUAGAAAAUGGGGAUUCAGUGUGUUACCAUGUAACAAAAUGGGAAAAGGCACUUUUGUUUUUACAUGACCAUUAACUCUAUUUCCCUGCAUUGAGACCCUUUUUUGCAAUUGUUGUAGGCAGAGGUUUGAGGAAGGGUAAAAUCUCAAUAAAAAAUCAUCUUUCUUUUCAGAAUCUUAGAGCUAAUGUCAGGGCUCGUAUAGUAAACCUAAUCCUACAUAACAUACCACACGUUUCUGUAACCCCACAUGCACAAACACACACAAAUAAAUAAAAAUAUUGUGUGGUACUACAGCCCAAAUUCUUAUGGAUGUCUGCAGGACUUCUACACAUAAUAUAAGCCUGGAACUUGAAGAGAUUAAAAACAAGGAAUUCCAGAUGUUAUUUGCAAAGAUGCAAGCACUUUGCACCAACAGUUGUUAUGGAAGUUUAGGGUCACAAAAAGCAAUGCUCUUUUAACUCAUUGUGAUAUUUUUACUGACAACCAUAUGAAGCCAUAUGAAAGGAUAGUCAUUCACCUUUUCUGACUCUGAAAGUAAUACUAGAGGUGUGUUUUUUUUAUUUUUUAAAGCAAUUAAAAAAUGUCUGAAUCCAUAUUAGAAACUGUCCUGAAUUGGUUUUCCAGAAUAAACUGCUUUUCUUUGAAGUGGUAAUUGUGAAACAUUAAAUGAUUUUUCAGAAGGAUAAAAAUGUGCCACCAUAUAGUUUUGGGGUUCUUUUUACUGUGCAUUUGAGUAACCUAAUGGAUUUUUAAGUUGCAUGAGCAUUUAUACCUGACUAGCCAUUCACAUGUUACUGAUGUGUUUUUGUGUUUUUUUUAAGAAUGAUGGUACUGUAUGUGUAUUUUGGGUGAGAUUUCAAUAAGGAAAUUCAGAUAGGAAACUCAAGUAAUUUUAAGACCUUAGGCCUUUUUGAAAUUCAUAUUACAUAGAUGCCAUUCAUUGAGGUGAAUCAUUUUAAGAAACCUGAAUGUACUUUGGCUGUGAUAUAGAAACAAAACAAUCGUCCUUCCUCUUGGUGUUGUCAAAGACGUAACUGUUCAAAUUUUCCUAAAGAAAGACAGUUAAAGCAUGUUUAUAACACUGAUGGAAACUGUUUGUCAGAUAUAUUGUAACACAAUACAGCACUAAGAGAGUGGGAAUCUGAGAAGGAAUGGCAGUGGUGUUGUGAAAAAUGCAAUGUGAAAGGUCUAAAACUCAAGGUCCAACCUGAACGUUUCACUCAUUGUUUGUGAAGAACAAGAACUCUUUGGUUGUUUGCACAAGUUAAGUUCCUGUCUGUGGGAUGGCCUGACAGAAAAGCAGGAAAACCUAAAUAAAAAAGAAAACAAGAAAUACAAAAAAGACAGCAAUAUACUGUAUUGGGUUUUACAUUUUUAUUUCUUAUUAUAUUGAAAUGAACAGUGUAAUACCUACCUGUUUCCAGAUAAAAUAAACAGACUAUCCUUGGACUGUUCA